AUGUUUUCCAUGUGUUCCAAAGUUAAACCCCAAAAUUCUAUAAAUUUACAACAGCAGCAGCAAACAACGGGUAAUGUUGGAAAACAAAUCAAAGGAGGAUAUUUAUUGCGUUAUAAAAAACAACUCCUUUGGAAUAGAUGGUCUGAAGAAUGGGUCGUUCUGUAUGAUGAUUCAACCAUGGCAUGGUUCACUGAACCAGGACGUUCAUCGCCAGCUGGAAAAAUUCUUGUUAAAGAAGCACCUGAAAUGUUGGCCAUUGCACAUUGGACGGGACAAAUUCCGAGACGUCCGCCACUACCUGACGGGUGUAGUGUCUCACAACUCAUAGCCUUGGGAUCACGUAGAAAACGCUCAAAAGUGUAUUGGAUGUUGGCCAAGUCGGAAGACGAAGUUAGUGAAUGGAUCGAUGCCAUUACAAAAACAUUGCCGCCACCUCCACAAAUCGAACUAGUUGUGGACAAGCCUCAUUUAAUGAAUGUUUUACGCAGACCACUCGUGCGCAUAAGACCUGCAACAACUUCAGAGGUUAAGCAAAGAAAGUCAUUGGUAAAGUCAAGUAGUAAAUCACAUUCAACUUUGGCAACUCAGACAACAUUUUUCAAUCAGAAUCCUCUGGUGAAGAGUGAUGCAGCCGUGGCAAUUUUAAGUAAAAAUCCAGAUUCAACAGCUUCACUGGCGUGCGCUUUGCCCUGGGGUCAUGGCUGGGGUUGGGCCACACUUCCCAACGGAGUAUGGAGUGGAGGAUUGACCUGGUCUCAGUGUGAAGACACAUUCACCCUGCACGCACUGCCAACCACGCACUGCACUAAUUUAAUUGAUACCUCUUGUAGCGGCGCCGUAUAUCACACCGAUAUAGGGGGAUUCGAUUUUCAUUCAUCUACUGUAGAGGACCUAGGAGGCGAAGAUUUCGAUUAUGCAAUGGAUUGUGGUGAUUUUAUAUUUUAAGCCAGACUAAUUAAAUUUCAAAUGCCAAACCAACCCCACCCUAAAUAGAGAAACGUUCUUAAAACGUCGUAUGCCAGCCUUUGAGCCAAC